GUCAACCUUUUUUUUUUUUUCUUUACAAUGGAUAAUUGGGAUCCUAUCAUAUAUGACAAGGAACUGGAAAAAAUUCUAUCUUCAAAAUCUGCUGUAUCAGUAUCUCGCAUCACUAUUUUAAAGAACUUGGCAAUUGAACAUCCACAACACCACCAAUAUAUUACGCAAGCCAUUAUCAAUUUUAUUGGAAAAGCACCGGGUGAUUAUCGCGUAGCUGGUCUUUAUGUCAUUGAUGCCAUCUCUGCCAAGGUACAUAAGCUAUUAAGGGACAAGCAAUACAAAGAUACCGAUCAUUUACAAAACUAUAUCAAGCGUUUUACAAAUCUAUUAUGGAGUCAAGCUCUCUAUGGCUGUUUUGCUGAUUGUACAGAAAAAGACAAGGUGAAGGUAACAAAAACACUUGAUAUCUGGGGGAACAAGGGAAUAUAUCCAAUGGACUUGAUUGAAGAUUUGAAGGAUACUGUAUUUGGAUAUGAAGGGUCUCACUCAACAACACCUCCUCAUCCUCCUCCUGCUAUUGAUACUGCUUCUUUACUUGCUUCCUUAUCUUCUUUGAAUGCUGGAACUUCUGGUUCUUUAAACCUUAGUACAUUAUUAUCUGGUGGUCAAGCAGCAACAACUCAGGAUCUUCCUUCUAACCAAGUAUUGACCAACAAUAACAACAACAAUACUAACACUCGCAACAAUACCAGCAUCAAUACUGAUAUCUAUUCCAAACCUGACAAUGAACUUAGUACAAAUCCACCAUCAACUGAUGCUUUUGCCAAAAUUUUGGGGGACCUCGUAUCGAGUAGGAAUUACCAAGGAUCGUUAUCACCGGAUUCACGAAUACAACAAACAUCUAUCAUGUCCUCAUCUCUUUCUUUUCCACAACAACAACAACAACAACAACAACAGCAGCAGCAGCAGCAACAACAACAAUACCAAUACCAAGGAUUAUCAAUAUUUAAUGCUUCAUCACAACGACAACCUCCUCCUUCUUGGCCACCUGGAAGUUUUGUAGAUCAAAAUCCCUUGAUUCACAGGCCUCCACCUCCAGCAGUAUCAUCAUUCCCAGCAACUGGAUCUUCACCAAUGAUAUUCAAACCUCCAUUACCACCAUAUCCAUCUACCGUGUACCCACCUCAUCGAACACCUUCUUCUCCUUUUCCUCCUCCUCCUUCUCAAGGGAUCUAUCCUAUACAUGACCCUACAUUGCCAGCUGGAACCAUUCGAGUUUUGACAAGAUCGUUAUUUGUUGGACCAUUACCAAUAGAUAUAGAACAACAAGAUGUAGAAAAUAUUUUCUCCAAAUAUGGAAAAGUGGUCAGCGUUGUUUUCAGGAAAAAGAAACCACUCAAUGCAUUUCUUAAAUUCUCAACACACCAAGCAACACGAGCUGCCAAAUAUGGAUCUACUCAUCUCAAGAUCAAUGACACUGAAGUACAUGUGGAUUGGGCUUAUGGAUUUGGACCAAAACGAUUAUUCAAUUAUGAAAAUGGAGAAUCGAUCAUUCCAUUAGAUGAUUUGACAGAAGAUGAAAAACAAGGAUUGACAACUACUACACUUGGAGGAUUCCAUGGUGCACCUGUCAUGGAUCGAAUGGCGAUUGAAGAACCAGCCAUUGAUUAUAAACCGGAAUGGCAAAAGGAUACCCAUUAUCGACAUCGACGACCUGGUGCUGUUGGUGGUGGUAGUAAGCGGACGCACUCUGGACAUGAAACACCAAGAAAGAAAAGUAGAUUUGACAGUGAUUGGUCCCGAUGAUGACAUCCUUCUAUUAUUCCUUCUUUAUAGAUGAUAUACUCUUUCAUUUUUUUUAUAUGGAUCAUCCCUGUAUUACCUUUUCUGCUUCAUUUGUAUUUAGAUAUUCAUUUAACAUCCUUUUUUUUUUCAAUUUAUUUUUCUUGUUAC